AUGGCGCAGGAAGUGGUCCAACAUUGCUUAACAACAUUCGAUGCACUGGUAGCGAAUCAUACAUAUGGGAAUGCAGUCACGAUGGAUGGAAUGUGGUUAACUGCCUCCAUGAUUGGGAUGUGGGUGUUGAUUGUUACUGAUAUCACGCAUACGAUGAUCAAUAUUGGACUGCAAAUUUUAUUAUUUAAGGUGUUUAUGUGA